AUGGAACAGAAUAAUCAAACGACGUGGAGCUACUUCAUUAUUAGAGGUAUCUCGGACGUUCCAGAACUGCAGCUUCCAACCUUCCUCCUGGUUCUUCUCAUUUAUCUCAUCACCCUUGGUGGCAAUAUGACCAUUCUUCUCCUGGUCUGCCUGGACCCUCAGCUCCACACUCCCAUGUACUUUUUCCUUGGCAACCUGUCCGCCUUGGACAUUUCAUCCAGCACCGUCAGUCUUCAUAAGGUCCUUGCAAUCUAUGUAUCAGGGGAUAGGAGAGUUUCUUUCCUUGGUUGCAUAGUCCAGUUCUAUGUGUUCUCUUGCCUGGCUUGCAGUGAACUACUGAUAUUAGCAGCCAUGAGUUACGAUCGAUACGUGGCCAUCUGCAACCCCUUGCGUUACUUCAUACUCAUGAACCCCAGAGUUUGCACUCUACUAGCCACUGUCUGCUGGACUUUGGGUUUUGUAGAAGUUGUACCAUAUGUUGUGCUGCUAACACAGUUCUCCUGUUACAAAUCCAACAUUAUCAAUCACUUCUUCUGUGACCUGGUGCCGCUGCUGAGUCUUUCCUGUAGCGACACCUCCACCUUGGAGAUGCUGAGCUUUAUCGAAGGACUACUGCUGCUGAGCCUUACCCCUUUCACUCUCACCAUCACACCAUACGUGUUCAUUAUUUCCACCAUACUGGGGAUCCGUUCUAGCACUGGAAGACGCAAAGCUUUCUACACGUGCUCCUCACACCUGACAGUCGUCACCGUUCUGUAUGUCACCCUUAUCUGCCAGUACCUGAGGCCGACCUCGUCGGACUCCCUGGAGUUCAUCAAACUGUUCUCUCUCUUUAAUACAGCGGCUGUCCCCAUGCUCAACCCAUUGAUCUACAGCUUAAAGAAUAGAGACGUGAAAUCAGCACUCAGGAGGAAACUAAAAAUAGUGACAUAG